GCUUUAAUUUUCAUGAUUCUCUUAGGACAGUGAGCUACCUUUCCUGGGAGGGGUCUAGAGUUACAAUUUUGGUUACAUUUUUAGAUCAAUGCAAUCCUUUUUUUCCCCCCCAGCCACAAAUUUCUGUUGUAACUGUAGUAAGAUGAAUCUAAUUUUGCAUUCUUAUUUAUGCUAAUAUUUCUUUACAGGUGAUUUUUGAUGGGCACAAAAGUCUUCUCUGAAGAGCAUUGUACAGUUACUGAAGGAUGGCAGAAGCAGUGUUGAUUGAUCUCUUUGAUUUGACACUGAACUCUCAGAAAAACUUUCAGACAUUACUGAAGACAUUGAACGCUGUUCCACACCACCAUGCGGCCAAGACCAAGUUCCGCUGCAUAAUGUGUUGCAGUAACAUCAGCUGUGAAAGGAACAGUGACCGUGAUUCUUAUGAUUUAGAAACAAGCAAUGGGUUAUCAGCUCUCUUGAGAGAAUUUGAGACUGUUAGCAAUCCCAGUAUGGCUGCCUUGUUGUAUACCAUUAAACAAAAAAUUGAUGAAAAAAAUCUCAGCAGCAUUAAGGUAAUUGUACCCAUGCACCGGAAGGCAUUAAUGAAGGCUUUUAUUGAUCGACUCUUCACCGAUGUUUACAAUUUUGAGUUUGAAGAUUUACAGGUAACUUUGAGGGGAGGUCUUUUGAAACAGUCCACGGAGAUAAACAUGAUCACAACUCAAGAACUAGAAGCUAUACAGAAUGAAAUAGAAACGUAUUUGAGAAGUCUGCCAGCACUGAAAGGAGAAUUAACCAUUAUCACAUCUCCUUUGAUCUCAGCAGAUAUUUUCAUACAUGGAUUUACUACAAGAACAGGUGGGAUAUCUUAUAUACCAACUCUCAGCUCAUUCAAUCUCUUCAGUAGUUCCAAACGGAGAGAUCCCAAGGUAGUUGUUCAAGAGAAUCUGCGUAGAUUGGGAAGUGCUGCAGGAUUUAAUGUGAAGAAAUUUUACCGAAUAAAGACUGAUCAUGCCAAUGACGUCUGGGUUAUGGGAAGGAAGGAGCCUGAAUCCUAUGAUGGAAUCACCACAAAUCAGAGAGGAGUCACAAUAGCAGCUCUUGGUGCUGACUGUAUACCGAUAGUUUUUGCAGAUCCUGUCAAAAAAGCAUGUGGGGUUGCUCACUCUGGUUGGAAAGGUACUUUGUUAGGUGUUGCUAUGGCUACUGUGAAUGCUAUGAUAGCAGAAUACGGUUGUAGUCUGGAAGAUAUCAUUGUCAUACUGGGACCAUCAGUAGGACCUUGCUGUUUUAGUCUUCCGAGGGAAUCAGCAAAGGCAUUUCAUAAUCUUCAUCCUGAAUGUGUGCGGCUAUUUGACUCACCAAAUCCCUAUGUUGACAUUCGUAAAGCCACCAGGAUUCUUCUAGAACAAGGAGGAAUUCUGCCACAGAAUAUUCGGGACCAGGAGCAAGAUCUCAACCUCUGUACAUCCUGCCAUCCUGACAAGUUCUUCUCCCAUGUUCGAGAUGGCCUUAAUUUCGGUACACAGAUUGGCUUCAUAUCAAUUAGAGAAUGAGAUACUUGACUGGAUUUUUGCAUAACUGUUUCCUGCCUCUUUCCAAACUGACUGCAAGAGAAAAAUUUAGUUAUUUGAUUUACUUAAUACUGAAAG